AUUCUGUUGAAACCGCUGAAAAUCGCGGAGUCUCUCAGCCAGGCGCUCUGUCGAGGGGGAGAGGCAGUCCGCCUCGACAGCGCAGGUUGCGAAAUGAAUUUCUGUUUUGAGUCACGAGCCGCGGAGAAAGUUACGAACAGCAAGCAGAGCAAACAGAGCCUCCGCGACCUCUCCAUUGGCGGUGUCCGCGAAGAAAAAUUUUCAGGGCCUCUCUGCACAUGCACAUUCGUUCACUUUUUCCCCCUUCCCCGUGCGACUCCUUUCCCCGCUUCUUUCCGGUUUUUCGUCUUGCGGGCGUCAGAUGCGCGCCUCCUCGUUGGUCGCCCACUUGCGCGGAUCGUUUCUUCCUUUCCUCUCUCCUUGUCGGGCAACAUCUGUGGUUUUUCUACAGCGCUCGGCGUCUGAGGCGCAGGACCCAGGAUCCCUUCACCUCGUUGUCCAAGUCCGCAAACCGAGGACUACACAGCUGCCUGGCUGGCAACUCUGAAUUCGAGUUCCAGCGCGCGGUGAGCUCAGACGGAAGCUCACUGGCGAGAAACAACAAAGCCUUUACUCCUUUUUACGCUUUUCUCCCCUUUGUUGCCUGCUUUUACGGACUCUGAAAGAAGUAUCGUCCUUCCUCGCGGAAAGCCGUCAUCAAGAAAAAGAAGCUUCGAGUGAAGCCCAGAAUUCCAGUCGGCGGCGAAGCGACACAGCCAUGGCUGCUGUCCAUCCGCUGGCAAGUCGGACCCUUGGGGUCUCCUCUUUGGACAGCUUUUCUCUCCCGAGAGGCAAAACGAUCUCCUCUGCGAGAAAACGAAGAAUCGUGAGAUCGCGGAGGUUCGGCCUAUUCGACUGGCCUCGAUCUCCUCUCUCACUUUCUUCGUCUCCCUUCCCUCAUCCUUCUCUCGUGCUCUUCUCCUCGGUCCAGACUUCUUCCUCCUCCUCUUCCUCUUUUCUGCGGUCUUCCACGAUUUCCUCUGCUGCCGUGCGUCCAUCCUCUUCUUCUGCUUUCUCGUCUGUCGCUUCCUCGCCUCCAGAGUCUCGUUUCAGUCGCCUCCGACCAGCGCGAAAGCGACAAGGCCAGCGGGCCUUUUGCGGCUUUCUCCGCUCUCCAAAAAGUCCACCACUGCCUCGCUUUCCGUUUCAGGUGGAAAGCGGAGAAACAAGAAAUCUCCCCUGCUCCACCUCUCCUAAAAAAGCCACUGACGCGCGCGAAAUAAGCUCUCGUCGUGAAUCAGGUGUACAGACACCGUCGCACCCUGUACACGAGGAAACAAGAAGCGCCGCGCGAGUCUUCGACCCUCCCCAAGCUUCGGACUUUCCUCUUCUCAGAGCGUUUCGCUGGUGGGUCUGUUCUCCUUCGAGGCUCUCGAACCAGUUCAAGUUGAGUUCUGACCAAGACACUCGCGAUUCUUCCCUCUUGUCCUGGCGUCCGAAACGCGCCAGUGCCUCUCCCGUCUUGCCGGGCGUCUCAAACGGUCUUGCGCCGUUCUCGCUUCUCCGUUCCUCCUCUGGUACCAGGCCUCCAAGUUCCUUCACUGCUGCUCUCGCGUCUUCGGAAAGCCGACUCGCUGCAUGCAACUUGCGAUGGAGGAUGUACACUCAGGAUCGAGGAGGCGGAGGAGUGGAGAGUCCAGCCACUGAUUCAGAAGCACAGGGAGGCUGCGAAGGAGACGGACAUGCAUCGCAAGAAAACGUGGAGAGAGGAACUUUCACUGAGGCCAUGAGUCUCGAAGACGUUGUGUCCUGGACAGACAAAGCCAGUUCCUUGCCGCCUGGCAUUGUCGAAGAUGCCUUUGAAGAGAUCCACCACGCGCCGCGUCGGUGCCCCGGCUGCGGCGCCGACUUGCAGACGGAGGAUCCCGCGCGGCAUGGCUUCGUCUCUGCAGAGAAGAAGGACGAAUGGUUUAGCGGCCGUUGGAAGUCGCUCCCGAAGGCGAAGGGCGUCCCCGUCGAGAGCGUUCCCGACGGCGUCGAAGUCGUCACGGUGAAGAGUCCAAGAUUUCGCAAGCGCACAAGGCUCUUGCUGUGUCGCCGAUGCUACAGAAUUCAGAUGUACAAGCAACUCGAUGGUGACUGGGAAGCGGCCGCGAACGCACAAGAUCAGCUGCUGCCUUCGCUCUCACCUGAAGCCGUCGUGCAGUCGAUCGUGAAGACGAUGAAAAAAGAUUCUGUCGUCCUCAAAAUCGUGGAUGUCUGCGACCUCGAGAGCUCCGUCGUCCCUGAGCUGUUUCAGGCCUGUCGAUCCAAACGCCUACAUGUCAUUUGGCUGAUCAACCGAGUUGACUGUCUUCCUCGCACUGCGCAAAAGCGAGAAGUGAAAGAAUGGGUCAGACGCAUGGUGAGGCAGAUCGACAACGUUCACAUCGACGACUGCAUUCUCGUUUCCUCAGCCACGGGGCAUGGAUUCGACGAACUCGAACGGCGGCUGGAACUGCUUCUCGUCCCGACUCCGGGGGGUGUAUGUACAGUUGAAGGUCGGCGUAUCUACGUGGUGGGCCGCGUCAAUGCAGGGAAGUCCACGUUCGUCACGCGGUUCCUCAAAUUCAUAAAUUACAAGCAUGCAGGGACGAUUUUCAUGAAGCGAGCUUCUGGAGGCGUUACGCGGUCGGCUCUUCCAGGAACGACGCUCUCUUUUCUCCCCUUUGGUCUGCCACAGGGUUUCAAACUCAUUGACACUCCCGGCAUCCCUUCGCGACAUCAAAUCACUUCUCUGCUUCCCUUUGCGGCAGACUUGUACUCCAUAGUUCCGUCCAAACGCCUGCAGCCGAUCACCUACGCUAUAACUGAAGGAAAGUCUCUGCUCAUCGGAGCUUUGGCGCGCAUCGAUCUCGUCCAAGGUUCCACUGCUCUCAUCACAUGUUUCUUCUCCCACAAAAUCACUCUCCACAUAUGCAAGACUGUGAAGGCGGCAGAUCUUUUGUCAAGAAAAGCAUGCACGUUUCUCUAUCCCCCGCACCUGCCUGCUGGAUUCGACAAGCUGCAGCCUCUUGUGAGACACAGCGUGAAGGUGCAUGCAGGCAAUUCGCUGGCAUAUGACGAUAUCUCGAUCGCAGGACUGGGAUGGAUUUCUGUCGCGGGAUCCGCAGGACCGAAGGAACUCCACGUCUGGGUGCCUCAAGGCGUCAAAGUGUUUCGCCGGCCUGCCAUGCUCCCGCGACAAAUCCGCACCACUGGCGUCGAAGAGUUCCACGGAAAAUCCCCUCGGGCGCGAGGUCCUCGCAUCAAUGCGAAGAAAAAGCGCAUGGUCGAGGCGCUGAGGGAUCAGGAGAAGCGUGAUCGUUUGCAUGCAGAGUUGGAAGCGAGGGAGCGACAGGCCGCGGAAGCUCGCGCGCGCUUUGUCCCUGUCUCUUCCGAGGAGACAGUGGACUCCGAGGGUCUCUCUUGCUCUUCUCCAUCUGCUUCUCUUUCCUCUGCUUCGAUUGCCGACUGUGGAGAACGGGAGCAAGGCGAGACAGUUUCCUCUGCAUUUGGAGACACCGAAAAGGAUGCAGAAACCGCAUGCGUUGCCACCAGGCCCUCCUCACACUUCGGCUUGGCGCCUCGCGGGAAGAAAGAAGAGAUCGAAAGUCUCUUGACCGAGGAGACAAACGUUUCUUCUUUUUCUUCUCUCUGGAGAUCUCAGGCGGCCACAGGUGACCGCAGAUCCUCUGAGUUCUCUGGUGAAAUCCGGAGGGAAGGCGAAGCAGCGACAGCAAAGAAGCGCCCCGUUCAGGGCAACGCAGAAAUCUCCGAAGACGAAAACGCAAUGGGAGAACACAGAGGCUCUGUGGUAGACUUGCGCCCUCCCGACGAAGAUCGAAGACGCGAGACAAGGUGCAGAUGAACUGAAAUGUGACGAGAUCUCUAUGGUCCGCAGUGUGUGUGUGUGCCUUUCCGCAACAGCGAAGUUUCUGCUUUUUCUAGUGUCUGUGCAUGCACUCUCGAUCUAUCUUGGCGUGGCGGGUGGGGUUCUUCAAAAUCAAGUUUUUCGCGUCCUUUGGGAUGCCAAAGAAUCUCUGACGUUCGCAACUUCCCGCGACUUGGACUCGCGCGAGGAAGCCGGGGGACACAGGUACCUCCCAGGAAGGCGUUUCCUUGGACGGACUGUGCCUCAUUUCACCGGACUGAAGUGAGAUCUUCGGAUCCGACCCAGAGAGUGCAGGGAUCUAAAAAGUUGCAGAAGCAGCGUCCUAGGCUUGUGUGCGGGUUGCAGAUGCUAGAGAGGCAGAACGCAGAAUCGCCGCGUUGCUGGUGAGACUGGCUGCGUUUCCAGAAAUCCAAAACUGUCCACGCAGUUGCCGACUUCCCCUCUUUCAAAUUCUCUCCGAGUGUCAAAGACCGGGCUGCGAUUCUCUGCCUGCUCAAAGAGAUUCAGAGAUUCCUUCGCCUGCUCCUCAACUCGGUUCUUGUCUCUUCUCACUACGUUUGAUGAGAGAACGCCCACUGUUCAAGUCCGCAAAGGAGGUCACGGCUUGCCUUCCACCUUUUACCCUCAGCAUCCGUUCUUCAGUC